GUUCGCCAAGAAGCACUGCAGACACUGUGCUUUGCCCCUCCCUCUGAUAUACUGAAUUCUGAGAGUUGGCCAAUUCUGCGUAAGCAUCUAACGAUGUCUCUGUCAGAUCCUGAUGCAACAUUCAGUGAGAAAGUUCUUAGGUUCUAUGCAAAAACCUUUUCUUCUUCUCCAUUUAAUGUGACAAGAGAAGUCUAUACAAGUUUAGCAAAACACUUGGAGUUGUACUUUCUUUCUGGAGAAUAUUCUCUUCGUAUUUCAGCUGGUCUGGAUGUAUCUAACACAGACAUAAAUCGUUUACUGAAAAAGGUCCGCCUUUUAAAUGAGUACCAAAAGGAAGCUCCCUCUUCCUGGAUUCGUCAUCCAGAAAAGUACAUGGAAGAAGUAGUGGAGAGUACCUUGUCACUUUUGUCAGUAAAACGUGAGCCUAAUCAUCCUGCCUCUCCAGAUUUUUUGAGUCCAGUCUACUUCUUGGCACUGCUAGAUAUCAAAGCAGUAUGGUUUAAAAAGUGGACGCAUGCAUAUUACAGCAGAGCAGUCAUACUUAGGCUUCUGGAAAAGAAGUAUAAAUCUUUGAUUAAUGCAGCUGUCCAGCAAUGUCUUGAUUAUUUUGAGUUUUGCAAGGCAGCAGUUAAUAAAAAUUACAGAGUAAAUGACUUCUCCCAGCAGCGUUGUAGUGAUAAGGAGAACUUUUUUUACACUGGACCCGAAUUGCAGUACGUCAGUUUUGUUCAUUCACUGUGCCUUUUGGGAAGGCUGUUGAUCUAUAAGCAAGGCCGAAAUCUCUUUCCAGUACAGCUGAAGAAUAAAAAAGAUGGUGUAUCCAUAACCAAUCUGUUGGUAUUAUUUACUCAGCUUAUUUAUUACUCUCCAAAUUACCCAAAGACAGCUUUGGCAGCAGAUAGAGACAAUUAUUCUCCAACGAGGCUUGUUAUGGAGAUUCUGCAAGUUUUUUGUGAUCAAACAGGAUGCGCUGCUGAAUGUUUAUAUACAGAUGCAGUGAUAGAUGCCCUACUUCAUCCUGUUCGGAGUUUACUGAGUGGCACAGAGGUGCAUAUAAGGUGUCUUGAAACCACUUUAAUUGAUGUAGCUGAUAUUUUGGGAAGGAUUGCUGCUGUAGAAGAUGGUCUUUCUCUUCUUCUUUAUGGAGAAAAUGAAAAAAAUGCGAAAGAAGAUAGUCCUGCAGCUGUUCAUGUAAUUGUUCAGUUUACAAAGAAGCUUCUUCAAGAUGACAUUUGUCUUUUAUCUGGAUCCGAGCUUUUGCCAGUUGUUAAAGGAGCUUUCAUUUUUGUAUGUCGUCAGAUGUACAGAACUUGUGAAGGCCUGCAGAUGCUCAUUCCUUAUCGCUUGCAUGAAUCUAUCGGAGAGGCCUGGAAAAAGACGAGUUUGCUUUCAGAAAGAGUACCCACCCCUGUAACUGGUGCAGAGUCAACUUCGUCAAUAAGUCUAGAGUCAAAAAACAUUUUGCUAUGGGAAGAGACUUUGUUAGAGGCCUUGCUAAAUUUUUCUGCCACACCCAAAGGACUGUUUCUACUUCAUAGUACAGGUGCCAUGAAUGACUGUGUGAACUUUAUGUUCAGCAGUUUAUCAAAAACACUCCAGACAAAUGAGUAUGAAGACUUUGGUAACAGAAUGAUUGUUACACAAAUGGCAACAACACCAACAGGUGCAGUAUCUCUACAGACUUCAGGCUUUAUAAAGGCACUUGUAACUGAAUUAUGGGCUCUUUUGGAGUGUGGAAAAGAUGAUUUCAGGAUAACCCAACCCAAAUCUACUCCAGUUGACCCUAUUGACCAAAGCUGUAAGAAG